GUGACCCUGCUGUGCGCCUGCUGCUGACCGCCCUCAGGAGGACCCCCAGUCCUGUAACUUGGAGCAGUCCCCUGGCAGUGCCCAGUGCCCCCCACUACUUUCUCAGCAUCCAGCACUUUUAUCAUUAGAACUGCACCAAUGGAGCCUUGGAGACAGUGCGCCCAGUGGUUGAUCAGGUGCAGGGUGCUGCCACCCAACCACAGGGUGACAUGGGACACGGCGCAGGUAUUCGACCUGGCACAGACCCUCCGGGAUGGGGUCCUUCUGUGCCAGCUGCUCAAGAACCUCCAGUCCAGCUGCGUUAACUUAAAGGACAUCAAUCUUCGCCCGCAGAUGUCCCAGUUUCUGUGUCUAAAAAAUAUCCGAACAUUUCUGUCUGUGUGCUGUGAAGCCUUCAGCAUGAAGAAAAAUGACCUGUUUGAAGCAUUUGACUUAUUUGAUGUACGAGAUUUUGCAAAGGUUAUAGAAACGUUAUCCAAACUGUCUCAUACGCCCAUCGCACUGUCGUGUGGAAUAAGGCCGUUUCCAACAGAGGAAAGUGUGCAAGAUGAAGACAUCUACAAAUCAUUGCCUGACUUAAUUGAUGAGUCCGGGAUGGAAGAAGAUAAUGAGUUGUAUUAUGACUGCGUGUACAGGGAGGAUGAAGCCGAUGAAGUGUAUGAAGAUCUCAUGAAGGCCGAGGCUGCACUGCCCAGUAGGACUGCAGAGAGUGACAUUCGGAGCUGUUGCCUCCUAGAAAUUAAGCAGACAGAAGAGAAAUAUUCAGAGACCUUGGAAUCGAUAGAAAAGUUUUUUAUGGAUCCUCUGAAGAAAUUUCUGCCUACAGCAGACUUGCAAAAAAUAUUUAUUAAUAUUCCUGAGCUAGUGAAAGUGCACAAGAGCCUAGUGCUGGAGGUCAGCGACUCAGUCACACAUAAAAACAGUCAAAACCUAUACCAGAUCUUCCUGAAAUACAAAGAGAGACUUCUCAUUUAUGGAGAAUACUGUAGUCAUGUGGAGUCGGCCAUAUCUAUCCUGGAUAGCAUCUCCAAAACCAGAGAAGAUGUCAGAUUAAAGCUAGAGGAAUGUUCAAAACGGGCUAAUAAUGGGAAAUUCACCCUGCGAGACCUGCUUGUUGUUCCCAUGCAGAGGGUUCUGAAGUAUCACUUGCUGCUCCAGGAAUUGGUUAAACACACUACUGAUGAACUAGAGAAAAACAACCUACGUCUGUCACUGGACGCUAUGAAGGAUUUAGCUCAAUAUGUGAAUGAGGUUAAAAGAGACACAGAGACUAUUCGGGAAAUCGAGCAAUAUCAAAAUUGCAUUGAGAACCUGAAUCAGCCCUUGGUGUUAUUCGGAAGACCGAAGGUGGAUGGUGAAAUCAAGUUUAGUACACUGGACAAGCGCACGCGGCAGGACAGAUAUAUAUUUCUGUUCGAUCUGGCUGUCAUUGUGUGCAAAAGAAGAGGGGACAAUUAUGAAAUGAAGGAAGUGAUAGAUCUGCAGAAAUACAAACUAACGAAUAAUCCAACUAACGACAAGGAGAAUAAAAAGUGGUCGUAUGGAUUCUAUCUUACACAUGUACAGGGGCAAAAUGGCUUUGAAAUCUAUUGCAAGACCAGAGAUUUAAAGAAGAAGUUGCUGGAACAAUUUACAAUGGCGUUGUCCAACAUUCACCCAGAAUAUGCCACCUCCAGUAAUCAUGAAUUUAAGAUGCAUACAUUUGAACGAGUUACAUCCUGCAAAGUUUGUCAGAUGCUGCUCAGGGGGACCUUCUUCCAGGGAUAUUUUUGUUCUAGGUGUGGGACAGGGGCUCACAAGGAGUGCCUGGGCAGAGUGGAUACCUGCGGACGUGGAGAGUCCGGUACUUUGAAGGCUUGGAGAGAAAAUGGUCCUUCGAGGUCAGUAAGACCUACAGAUUCAGGUUUACCAAAAUUGCAGGUUAUUAGAACUUACAAUGGUUAUCCAGCACCUCCAGUGAACAAUGGCCCUUCACUCACCAUACAGGUUGGGGACACCAUUGAGUUAAUAAGGGCUGAUCCUCACAGCCUGUUUUGGCAGGGAAAAAAUAUUGUCACUGGAGAGCUUGGCUUUUUUCCAAGUGAUGCGGUAAAACCAAGCCCCUGUGAGAUGCCAAAGCCAGUAGAUUACUCUGGUCAGCCAUGGUAUGCAGGGGCUAUGGGGAGAGUGGAGGCAGAGGUGGAGCUGAUGAAUAGAGAAAACAGUACCUACCUCAUCCGACACAGAACGAAGGAGAUCAGAGAGUAUGCAAUCAGUAUUAAGUACAACAAUGAAGUGAAGCACAUCAAGAUAUUAACGAGAGAUGGCUUUUUUCGCAUUGCAGAAAAUAGGAAAUUUAAAAGUUUAAUGGAACUUGUAGAAUAUUAUAAACUUCAAUCUCUCCGAGAAGGUUUCAGGAGUUUGGACACAACUCUUCUUUUCCCUUACAAAGCUCCAGAAUAUCAAGCUGCACAUGCAAAUAAUCGGUCAUCAGGAAUGUUCUUGAGUCCCAGAGUUCUAGGUAUUGCCGUUGCACGGUACGAUUUCUGUGCCAGAGACAUGAGGGAGCUGUCCCUAUUCAAAGGCGAUGUGGUAAAGAUCUAUUCCAAGUCUGGGACCAAUGGCUGGUGGAGAGGAGAAGUGAAUGGCAAGGUUGGCUGGUUUCCAUCCACAUAUGUAGAAGAAGAUGAAUGACAUUAAUUAUUUUCAUUGGAAAUUUUUCUCAAGGUUGCAAACUUCAGCUUAACCACCCCCAAAGCUUGGAGCAAUUGCACAAUUCUCCACUGUCUCAGUACUGAUCGUGUAACUAAUAGGCAUGCCCAGGAGGUGAGAAUCAUGUGCAUUCGGGAUGUUCCAUACCAUUGCAGGCUACGAAGGGUCGCAGAAUGAAAUAGACUUGGUGUACCAGUGUGUGAGAUCCAGAAAAGUCUACAACUGAGCCCAUAUCCUAAUAUGCAAGACAAAAGAUUAUACCUGUGCUAACUAGUAAGGUGUUUUCAAGACUCACACAUACAGUGCCUAUCAAUAUCGUCAACCCAACAGACUUUCUCAUGUUUUUUAUUUAUGGAGUUUAUGUGGGAUUUAAUUAGAUGAUUUAAAAUGAGAGUGAAAAAUAAAUGUUAACUAUUGUUGUUAAAUGCAAAUAUCAGAAUGUGUAACUGAUCACCCUUACAAUGCUCAUCAGAGACACCUUUGGGCACCAAAAACAUGGGGGAGAUGAUCAAACUGGUGUAAAGUAGAACUGGCUUAGUUGCCCAUAGCAACCAAUCAGAUUUCACCUUUCAUUUUCCAAAGGAGCUGUGAAAAAUGAAAUAAGGAAUCUGAUUGGUUGCUAUAGGCAACUAAGUCAGUUCUACUUUACACCAGUUUGAUAAAUCUCCCCCAUAGCCUUCAUUUAUCUCAACACAUUACGGCAUUACAGAGAUUACCCAUUUGUUCCCAAAAUUCUUCAAGCUCUCAUAGUUCAUGUGAGCUUUGAACAUCCACAGGUUCUCUGUGACGUGAACGUUGUCUUUAAAACAUCCCCUCUGUUCACAUAAGAACCUCUGCUGCAGAUUCCGUCACUUUCCCAGGAGAAAUAGAACUGUGUGCAACACAAUGGGGGCCAUUUAUCAAUAAUGUUGGAAUUUGUGCCCAAAUCAAAAGUGGUGAUUUGUUUCACCUCAUAUAGCAAAAGGCACAUGCCACUUUUAAAACUUGACUUUUUAAAAUAUAAAUUUGAUUAUCUGCCUAUUUCUCACGAUUUUUGACACUUUAACACCAAUAGAACUAAAAUCUGACUUUUUUUAACCGAAAUGCGCCGUUUCAGCCAACCCUGUCGGACCACACUUGUAACUUUUGAAACAUAUUUGUGACUUUUGAAGCAUAUUUGCGACAUUUCCAGUGGUAAAUUGCGACUUUGGUCUCAGAUUCCGGG